UAGCUACCCUGGGUACUCCCCUGGUCGACUGGUAUGAACUUGUGACCUAGCAACUAGUACCUAGACCGCCCUACAGAAAGGCGUAGCGUCCGCUAGGUCGAGUGAGCCUACUUUUAGUUGCUAGCACUUGCACCGCGGGCUUGUAGCACUUUUCCUUUCGCACUAACUCUGCCGAUCCGUGUUGGCUUCUCGUCAUUCCAAACUGCAACUUCGUCACAAGUUUCCAUUCUCUUCAGAUCGUGGUGACCAGACACCUGCAGCGUGUCACGUUAGCUAACGUUAGCAGCAUAGCCAGCUUCUCAGCUCAGCAGCAGCCAUGGCGUGUCGUGGAUUCCUGCAGUGCUUGCUGAAGCUCUUUAACCUCGCUCUCGCGCUCGUUGGGGUUCUCCUCCUCGUCUUCUCCGUCUCCCGACUCCUCCGUCUAGAUCCCGACCUCUUCCCCCCUCCAGCACCCCCUCCGCUCCUUCCCCCUUCUCCGCCUCUCCUCCCCCCACUUCUCCCCCUCCCCCGCUGCACUCUCCCCCUCCCCCACUUCACUCCCCCCCUCCGCCACGCCACUCUCCGCCUUCCCCUCCGGAAUCUCCGCCACCUUCUCCGCCUGCUCCCGCGCCGGGUCCCGCGUCCGCAAACGGCCUGAUUUCCGAAGAUGUUAUCUCGCAGAGCGUGGCGAAAGAUUUCGCGAAGGAGGCGACUUUCCCGGCUUUCACGCGAAAGCUCGCUGCGCCGUCGAGCGCCAAUCGAGGCGUGUCGUUUCGCGAGAUCGACGCGCAGCUCGGCGCCAGUAUUGUCGCACUAGACAGCGCGAGCAGUGCAGAUGCUUCGGGACUCGCUGGCCCGCCGCAGAUCGAACUACCGCGAUUAUGGUUCAUCUACCUGUUGAUUGGAGUGGGUGCUUUUAUCACGCUCGUGACUCUAGUGGGUGCCAUUGCAGCGGAGACCAACAGCACGUGCUGCCUCGCCUCCUACCAGUUCGGUCUAUGUCUUCUGAUACUGUUCGAGUGCGUUGCAGCGGCACUCAUUUGGCUUCAGGACGUGCCUGUGGACCCUACAGGCGAGUACGACAGGUAUCAACGCUAUGUGCUGGCCAACCAAGACAGAAGCAGGCUCGCAAUGGGUGGCCUUCUGCUCAUCGAGGUAGCAGCACUGCUAGUCGCCAUGAUGCUGCGGGCAGCACAGGACGACGCGAGUCAGGCAGAGGACGAUGACGAUUACAUCACCGGAGGACUGGGCCGUGGCAUGGGAGGAGCGGGAGGAGGAUUCGUCGGCGGAGGGGGAGGGGGAGGGGGAGGGGGAGGGGGAGGGGGCGCACAUGGCAGGCUGCGUCAACCGCUUGUGUUUCGCGGGCCUUACCCCACUGCUCCUGCUUAUCCGACUGCAGGGGCAGGGUCUGGGGCGGGAGGAGGGGUGGGAAGUGGUGGUGCGGGGUUGGGAGGGGUGUAUCACGGUGUGGGGGCACCGGGAGGGGUGGGAGGAGGUGGAGGGGCGGCGGGGCAGCCGCACGUGCCGUUGACGGAUGCUUGGCGACAGAGACUGCUGGAAAAGUAUGGUCUGGACGCUCAUGACUUCAACUACGGACCGCCUCCAGGCCAUUCCCAAGCUCCUGCUCCUCCCCCAUCCGCCCCUCGCUCCUCAGGGUGCUCCAUAAUGUGAGGGAAAGUACCAGUACUGGUGCUAGUUGCUUGGCCCGGGAGUGCUCCUUACACGGCGCUCUGGGGGGGUGUAUUUGGUCGGCUCGGCUGAUGAUGCAAAGCGGAGUUGACUUCUGAGUCAAGCUUCCUUACAUGAAUGGUUUAUAUUGUGAAUGCAUAUGGGUGGGCGAUAGCAAAUACUGGUUGUUGCUCAGUUUGUGAAGAAGUCGGAAUUCGGCUCUCUGCACCUGAACUUUUCUAUACUUCUAUACUUAUUAUGUUCGUUUUACAGAAGUUACUUUUUAUAUUAAGUUAAAGCCCCAC